GAACGAAAUACGAUGGAAAGCCGAGUAAAAAGAGGAAAGGUGACGACGACUAAUUAUUAUUAUUGAAAGAAGAAAACGGCUGACGAUCGAGCUUGAAAUCGGUCGAAAAUACUGACGCAGACAAGAAGCAAAGGGAGGUGAGGAGAGACGAAGAAGCCAGCUUGGUUUCGCUUCGACAUCAUCUUACAUCGGCUCCAUCGUCCAGCGUAAUCGCGAAUCAGCCUACCUGGAAGGGAUAUAAGGCUACGACUGCACGGCUUUGUAUCGUCAGACGGUGGAGGAAUAUCGUUCGUAGUCGAGUUAAAAGGGAAAGAGAGGAACCUUGCCAACGUACGUGACGUUCGUUUGUUAGUCAGUGGUGUAUAGCCGACAGACAAACUGACUAGUUCUAGUUAACUCGCAGUGGUCAUCGAAUGGUCAGUUAGCAUCCUCCUGUUCGGAUACAUCUCGCUUAUCGCUCGGCACCAACAACCCGAUGCGAUUGUUUCUUCCUUCCACAUCCUUCGAUUCGAGCAACAAGAUCACGAAUUUUCCCCCUGGUUCCAUUCAAGAACCGGUAUCCGUCCAUCGAACAACGGAAGGAACAGUCGUUCGUAGAGGUGCAUCGACAGCAAUUGAGCGAAGGGUGAAUUCAAACGCCGCCAUUCCUUUGAACGGGACAACCUGUUAAAGAGGAACUUUCGCUGAUUUUUCGACAAUUUCUUCGGGAUAAGGGUUCAUCAGAAAAACACGAAGAACAAUGUCGGGUAUCGUGGAUUGGUACAAAGACAUCGUCUAUAACAAACCUGAUCCACGGACGAGCGAUUGGUUUUUGGUAACAGGGCCAGGUCCAUUGUUCAUGAUCAUUGUCACGUAUGUCUACUUCAGCGUUUCAGCCGGACCGAGGUACAUGAAAGACAAGAAGCCAUACGAAUUGAGAAAUGUUAUGAUCUUAUACAAUUUCAUACAAGUACUGCUCAGCAUAUAUCUCGUUUACGAGGGGUUGAUGGCUGGAUGGGGAGGACAAUACAGUUACCGCUGUCAGCCUGUCGAUUAUUCGAACAAUCCAAUGGCUCUUAGGAUAGCUCGAGGUGUACACUUGUAUUACUUGUGCAAGUUGUUCGAGCUGCUGGAUACGGUCUUCUUUGUUCUGCGGAAGAAACAACGUCAGAUCUCGUUCCUGCACGUCUACCACCAUUCCCUGAUGCCAUUCUGCGCUUGGAUUGGAGUACGUUAUUUGCCCGGGGGUCAUGGUACUCUGCUCGGUGUCAUCAACGCAUUCAUCCACGUCAUCAUGUAUGCCUACUACAUGCUCUCCUCGAUGGGGCCACACAUGAACAAAUAUCUUUGGUGGAAGAAGUACUUGACGACGUUACAAUUGAUCCAGUUUAGUAUCAUCUUCCUGCACAAUCUGCAGGUGUUUUUCAAUGGAUGCAAUUUCCCGAAACCGAUCUCGUUUCUACUCUGUCUGAACGCGCUCAUCUUCAUUUACAUGUUUAGCUCGUUCUAUGUUGAAACCUAUACUAAAAAGCGAGUGAAUGCUACGAAAGAAUGCACGAAUGGUACGGUUAAGAACAAACCAGAAUGAGAGUACGUCGGAUACACGAAUCAUUGAUCAUCCUAGACUGUUCACGUUCAUUUAGUCAUUUAAAGUUCUUUAGAAUGAAUUUAAUGAACGAUUUGUUGAGUGUUUAACGGAUGUGUUCGUUCUUCAAACAUAAGAACUAGGCGAUUUCUGGAAAACUGUACGGAAUGAAAGGCAAGAAAUGAUCUUUUCUUAGGUAAAAGUUUACGCAUCAUUUUUGAAAUUUCCGCCUUGUUCAAAGUAUUGAUAACGCAGAAAUCGAUCGAUCGUUGAACAGAAUUCUUCGAUCGUUAUCAACCUCGAUCUCAUAGAAUAACUCUGUACGUCCAACUGAGUUGGUAAGGCAGAUUACUGGACAGCAUUUUACCAUUCAGCCUAUUACCAGUGCCCACAGGUACAGCUUCCACAGAGGCUCGGCGGGGUGUCUUUUGAAAAUUUCCCCGACGUAAAAAAGAAGUCUGUAUGUACAGGGCACAGUCGGUAUGAUAAUCUUGCAUGAUUUAACUACAAUACAUGAAAAAACACAAUUUCGAUUCCCUUUGAUUAUAUCUUAUUAGAAAUCAGUCAAUCAUUGAAAUAAUUGUUUCACAAACUUGUAUUCACUUCAUCCGCCUUAGUAAAUAAAUCAUUUUAAAAAGCGA